CUAUGAGAAAUGCAACCACAUUCUUUCCAGACCUAUUCUACCGCAUUGUGUUGCAUGGAUCGUCGCAUUCGCAAAGCCUUGGAGCUUUGUAAAUGUAAACCACAUUUCUAUGCUGUGGCUUCAGACCUACCCGUUUGCAACAUCGACCAGCUUCUAUGUUUACAGCGGAACAAUUGGGCGCAGACAAAUUGCACCGAUUGUGUCCAACUCUGUGAGUAUAUGUUUUAUGUACAGCUGCAACAAAGCCUUUCGCCCGCCAGGGAGAAGGAGGGUUUUCUCAGCCAAAAGUUUGAACGCACCGCUGUCAUACAACUCAGCCUGCCCUACAGAGGCAUACGUCGGCGUGUGGUCUUCAGCUCUGAUCAAUUGGUUGUCUCGUUUGGCGGUGCGGUUAGCCUAUUUCUAGGCGCCAGCUUUAUGACCUGUUAUACAAUGAUAAAAAUCUUUGGCGACUUUGUUGCACUUAAUUGUAGGCACUUCUGGAGACAACAACAGCAACCACAACGCAGGAAGCUAGUGCGAGUGCAGCCCAUUUAAGGCACAAAAAUAAAAACAAAGUCGUACUUUCAGUUGAUGCAACACAAGACUCUAUGGGAAUGGUCUCAAUACUAAUGCUAUAACUACGUAAGAAAAUUGAAUUUGUGCUGCAAAGCAAUCAACUGAGUUAUCGAUUUUCUAUGACAUAUUUCUAUCCUCUCUUCCUCUUCUCACUUCCUCUAAUGCGAACAAAGCUAUCAACUAACAAUGGCAUGCAAUGAAAUAGCAGUAGAAAUUAUACAUAAAGAGAAAAUGUGACACACACACACACAUACACAAAACAACUCAACGAAGGGUGAAUUCAAUAAAAUCGCUUGCUUUAC